AGAGUGACCAGCAGCUGGAUUGUGCCUUGGAUUUGAUGAGGCGUCUGCCUCCCCAGCAGAUUGAGAAAAACCUCAGUGACCUGAUCGAUUUGGUCCCAAGCCUCUGUGAAGAUCUCUUGUCCUCCGUCGACCAGCCUUUGAAGAUCGCGCGGGACAAAGUGGUGGGGAAGGAUUACCUCCUCUGCGACUACAAUCGGGACGGAGACUCAUACAGAUCACCGUGGAGUAACAAAUAUGACCCGCCCCUGGAAGAUGGAGCGAUGCCGUCCGCUCGCCUGCGCAAGCUUGAGGUGGAAGCGAACAAUGCGUUUGACCAGUACAGAGAUUUGUAUUUUGAAGGGGGCGUGUCCUCCGUCUACCUCUGGGACCUCGAUCACGGCUUUGCCGGCGUGAUUCUCAUUAAGAAGGCUGGCGACGGAUCAAAGAAGAUUAAGGGUUGCUGGGAUUCCAUCCAUGUAGUGGAAGUGCAGGAGAAGUCCAGCGGCCGUACGGCCCAUUACAAGCUGACCUCCACGGUGAUGCUGUGGUUGCAGACGAACAAAACAGGCUCCGGCACAAUGAACCUCGGAGGCAGCCUCACCCGACAGAUGGAAAAAGACGAGACCGUGAGCGACUCCUCUCCGCACAUAGCCAACAUUGGCCGCUUGGUAGAGGACAUGGAGAAUAAAAUCAGAAGUACGCUGAACGAGAUCUAUUUUGGAAAAACAAAGGACAUCGUCAACGGGCUUAGGUCAGUGCAGACGUUUGCCGACAAAUCGAAGCAAGAAGCGCUGAAGAACGACCUGGUGGAGGCUUUGAAGAGGAAACAGCAAAGUUAAAAACCAAUUCUCCUCCCUGUCGAUGAUGCUAACAAAAACAUGCCAUGCAUUCAUUAGAUUUUCCUUUUUUUCUUUCUUAGAAAACAUUUUCGUUCUCUCUCUCUGUCUCUCUCUCUCUCCUUGCAACCCUCCAGCCGCCCGCCACGUUUUUUUUUCCUCUCUGACAUCACAUCCGAUCUCUUUCCGCUCACCAAGCGCCGCCUGAGUUCCUCCCGCCUGCCCCGACGAAUAAAGCUGUAUAAACUUUUAGCAGUCUCUUGCAGCUUACUUCUGCACCACCCCCACCAUCCCCUUGCCUUCUUACCAAAACCAGGCAAAGCGUUUCUAGGGAGGAAUCCAGGGGGUGGUGGUUUCUCUUCCCUUCUCCCCCCCCUUCCCUUAUGUUUAAGGUGCAUAAAUAAGGCCGCCAGUUGCUAUCUGUUAACCUCUUAUCACCCCGACCCCCUGGCUCCGCGUGCUUUCCAUCUUUUGCUACAUUGGUGUAAAAAAUGUAAAGCAACACAACGAACAGCAACAACAAGAAAAAAAGAUUUUGUUAAAUACUGUGGUGUAUGAAAGGUGUGUGGGGGGAGGUAAACCCUGGAAAAUAUGUACUCUGUGUGCUUGGGGAGGCUUCGAGAAGGGGUGGGGGUGUGAAACCACAGUGGUCUGUAUGAGGUUUUCCAAACUAGUGACGCUUGAAGUCCUGCUUUUGAACUGGGAUAGUUUAAAAAUGCUUCCCCCUGUCCCUUCUCUCCUCCCCCCCCCUUUUUUUUCCAUUUUCUAUGGAAUGCAAAAGACCGGUUAUCUUUUGGAUUUUUGUUUUGUUUUUUUAAAAUUUGUAAUGCUUCAGUUUGAAUCUGCAUCUUAUACUUGAGCCUCCAUCCUUAAAAGAAAGAAAAAUAUAAUAAACCACAAAAAAUGAAAACGGA